UGUCCGGAAGGAGAGAUAUCCAACAUUUCUGACAGUGAAAAUUGCAUGAAAUGUCCUGAUGAAGAAUGGCCAAAUGAGAAGAAGGACCGCUGUGUUCCAAGAGUGGUGGAAUUUCUCUCCUACACUGAUGACACCAUUGUUGCAGUAUUUUCAGCCGUCUCCAUCCUCUGUUGUCUUCUGACUGGUUUAAUAUUGGGGAUAUUUAUACAUUACCGGGACACCCCCAUUGUUAAAGCGAACAACCGGAACCUGAGCUAUAUCUUCUCCUGGUCUCCAUCAUGCUGAGCUUCCUCUGUGUCUUC